AUGUUCCAAAGAAGAAAACCCAUUUUCCAGAAGGCCUCAAAAUUACUAAAAGUCUCGCUCUUGAGAAGACCAAUUAUCCCAAGACUCAAGCUUCCAGCGAAACAAAGAAGAUCAUCAGCCAAGAGGGUCAAGCUCCUUCAGCAAUACAACUACAAGUUUCUACAAGAGUAUCAAUUCUCGCCUUCACGUGCAUCCCUUAUCCGAUAUUGUAGGAAGCGAAUUCGCAUAUCUAGAUCGGGUCUUAAACAAAUUUACAAUCUAUUAAUUCUUUCACGGUGCAUCGGCCAGUGCAAUGAUGAGUGUGUUGUUGAUACACUAACACAAAGUUGGAUGAUAGAGAUGGAGCCUCUGCAUAGUGCCCAAGGAGUUGCUUCUCCAUCAAGGAAGCUUUCAAAUCCUUUCGAUUACUUUCAUGAUGAUUCGAUUGAUCUCAAGGCUGAGAGAUUCAUCCAAAAGUUCUAUCAUGAGAUGAGGAUGCAAGAGCGAGAAUUUGAUUGAUUGAGUGUUAUAGUUAUUUUUGAUUUUUCUUUUCC